AUGACCAUGGUGAGGGCGGCGAUGGCGGCCGGAGGAAGGGAGAGGAACGGUGGCGUCAGGCAGUACAACCGGUCCAAGGUGCCGCGGCUACGGUGGACGCCUGAUCUGCACCACUGCUUCGUCCAUGCCAUCCACAAGCUCGGCGGCCAGGACAAGGCUACACCGAAGCGAGUUCUGCAGCUGAUGGGAGUGGGAGGACUCACCAUAUCUCAUGUCAAAAGCCAUCUUCAGAUGUAUAGGAACAUGAGGAAUGAUCUAGCAAUGCAAGGGAUACAGGUGCAUCAACAGGUGGAUCAGGAGCACACGUAUGGAGGUGGUGUGGAAGUUUGGACUGAUAUGCAGCAGUGUGAUCAUGAUGAGUGUGAUGUCCCCUGCUUCAGCUGCCACUCCCCAAAGCCUAGAAAGGAGCCACUGCUUCACCUCCAACUGAAAAGGUGCAGGGAAGCAGCGGCAGCGGCAGCAUCUGAGACGGACAACACGCGACGUGGCCGGAGCGAGGAAGAGGACGACGCGAGCGCGAGCCCCAGAAGCCAUCGGCAUCAGCAGCAGCAGCAGCUCAGAGGCCAAGGAAUAUGUGAGAGGGACAGGUCGUCGUCGUCGUCGUCGUCGUGGAGGAGGGGCCUGCAGUGCUACUAUGUACACGCCCACACGACGACGAUGAUGCAGGUGGCGCAAGCGGCCAUGGCGCCGCGGCGGGGAAUAAAGCAGCUGCCGGCCGGCGGCGAUCAUGGCGGACGGCGACAGUGCUACGCCGCCCCGCAGUACAGCUCCCCCAAGCUCAAAUUCUUGGGCUUCGUGGUGACAUCGGGGCCUCCUUCUCCUGCUGCUGCUGCUGCUGCCUACUGCUGCAGCGAUGACCACCGCCCUUUUCAGGUCGGCCACCGCGCCGCCGCGCCAACGGCGAUCUGCACUACCGGCGGCCACCAACUGGCCGGCGCCUCGUGCAACGACGACGUCGCCGCCGGGAGCGCGAAUACCGUAAUGCCGUCGUCGUCGGCAGACGGAGACCAACACGACGACUGCUCGCUGUCGCUGUCGCUGGCGUUGGACACGGGAUGCCUUCGCGGCGGCGGCGGCGGCUCGACGACGUCGUCGUCGGGCAGCCGGAUCAGCCUCGACUUGUCGCUGUCAACGCUUGACUCGUAG